AUGAAAAUUAAGGUUAAAUUUUUUAAUGCUUGGGGAGAGUUAUAAGAGAUAGUUAUUGAGAUUUCAUCUAAAGAAACUAUUUAAGCUCUAAAAUGUUAAAUCGAAAGAGCAACAAAAAUUGAAGUAGACGAUUAAAGACUUUACAUAGUUUACAAUAGAGAAAUGAAAGAAAUAUGUAAAUAUGAAUAUUUAAGUUAAAUAAAAUUUCUUAAUGAGGGAGUUUUAUUUAUAAAAAAUAAUGAAGAAGACUAAUUUAGUGUUAGGGCAUCUUAAAUUCAUUAAAAUGAUUCAUUCGAAUCAUUAAAUUAAAACACUGCUUCAACUCUAAAAAAGUCCUUUCCCAAUUCAUUUUCACAAAGAGAUAAAAAUAUUAUUUACAAUAGUUUUCUUACACUUUAAAUUGAUUAAUUUUAUGAAUAAAUCUAGAAAAAUAAUUUUGAGGAGGCUAAAGCAUUAAUUAAUUCUCAUUUGGAAUAAAAAGAAUUAUUCUUGAACGAUAUAAAUAUAUUCGGUUGGUCAGCCUUACAUGUUUCAGUCUUAGUAGGUUCUGAUAAACUAUUUUUAUGGUUAUUAAAUGAAGGAGCAAAUAUAAAUUUACAAACUAAAGAUGGUUGGGAUUGUCUAUCUUUAUCUGUUUGUCUAGGUCAUAAAACUAGUAUUAUUAUUCAUAGUUAUUAAUUUAAGUAUUGUGUUUAUUACUUUCUCAAUCAAAAUUGAAUGUUAACCAAUUAAAUAAACAUGGGACAGCUUUACAUUUAGCAGCAUAAAAUGAUGAUAUAGAAAUUGUUUAAUUAUUGCUCAAUCAUCCUAAAAUAGAUAUAAAGUAAAAUAUUCAUUAAUAGAAUAGUAUUUCAGAUAAAAAUAAUAAAAGACCAAUUGAUAUAGCAGGUAAUAAAGUAAGAUAACUUUUAAAAUAUGAAAAUGAAUUAUAAAUUGUUUAAAGUCAUAAAACAUCAUUUAUUUCCUCUAUGAUUGGAAUUAGUUUAGACAACCUUGGAAAAGAUGUAAAUUUUUAUCAAAUUACUUAGAGACUUUCAUAAUUAAUAAACCAUAACGACCACCAAUAUUAAAAGGAAAGGUUUAUAAAGUUAAUUAUUUUAAACUGAGAAUGUAUGAAAGAUACAUAAUUGUAGAUCCAGAUACUGAUACAAUAGCUAAAUUUAAAAAUAUAUCAGAUAUUCCAAGAAAUCCAAAGUAAUUAAUUAUUAUAUUUAUUUAGUUAAAUAAUUCCCUUAGAGAGCAUACAUGAUAUAAAAGUAUCUAAGGAUGAAUGGUUUUAGGAGGAAGACUAUUUUUAUUUAGAAAUCAAAUACUUUUCAAAACACAUUUUUAUAGCUUUAAAAACUAAAGUAGCAGCUAGAAGAUGGUACGAAGGAUUAAAAAAUUGUGUUGGAUAUUCUAGAUACAUUCGAUAGAAUAUAAAAUCAUUAGAAGAAUAAAAAAAUGCAUAGAGAGCAUUUGCAUUAAUGAUGGCAAAACCAAAUUCUAUUAUAAACAUAGAUGAUGGAAUUUCAAAAGAAAAUUAAUAGUUUAAAUAAAAAGAAAUAACUCAUCAAAAAUAAUAAAAUUCUAAUUUAAAUAGUGUUACUGAAGAAGCCUCAGAAAUAGAUAUAAUUAUAGAAAAGAGUAAUUCUUAAAGUCUUUAAGAUAAAAUUAAUCUUUCAAGCUUUUAAAUAAUUGAAAUGAUUGGUAAAGGAAGUUUUGGAAAUGUAUACAAAGCUAAAUAUAAACAUAUUAAUUGUGCCUUAAAAUAACAAGAAAAAGAUAAACUUAUUAGAAAUGGUUUUCUAAAAUACAUAAUAUCUGAAUUACAAAUUCUGAGAUAAAUAAGACAUCCAUUUAUUGUAAAAUUGUUUUUAUCAUUCUAAGUAUAAUUAUUUAAAUUAAUAAGACUUAAUUUUAUUUAUAUAUUGUGACAGAAUUAUGCCCAGCAGGAGAUUUAUCAAAGUAUAUGACAAGAGGGUAAAUUUUGAAUGAAUAUACUGCUAAAUUUAUUAUAGCCUAAAUUAUUUUAGCAAUUGAAUAUCUACAUUCAUAAUAAAUUAUUUAUAGAGAUUUAAAACCUGAAAAUAUUUUAAUAGAUUAAGAUGGAUAUAUUAAACUGACUGAUUUUGGAUUAUGUAAAUAAUUUGAUGGAAAUGACUUUACUGCAACUAGUUUUUGUGGUUCUCCUGCAUAUCUUCCUCCUGAAUUAGUUACAGGAGGAGUAUCUUAAAAAGCGACAGAUAUUUAUUAAAUUGGUACUGUUCUUUAUGAAAUGUUAACUGGAUAUCCACCAUUCUAUUCUUAAGAUUUAAAAAGUUUAAUGGAAAAAAUUAAAUAUGGUAUAAUAAUAAUUAUAUUUUAAGAUUCAUUAUUUAUACCAAAAAAUUUAAGUUUAGAAGCCUAAGAUCUUUUAAAAAGAAUGCUAAAAAAAGAUCCUUAAGAACGAUUAGGAUAUAAUGAUGUUUCUGUAUUGAAGAAACACAUUUUCUUUGCUGAAAUAGAAUGGGAUAGAUUAUAUGCAAAAUUGUAUAAACCUCCUCAUCUUGUUCUUUGUGCUUAACAUAAUAUAUCUAGAAAUGGAUAAUAAAUUACUAAAGAAGAUAAUGUAAAUGUCUAUUUUAUUUUUUAGAAAAUUUUAGAUUUAGAUUAUUAAGAUGGUGAUGAAAAACUCAACUUUAUAGACAAUUGGGAUUCAUCAUAUAUAUGACUAUUUUUUUAUAUUAAUAGC